UGCAAAACGAUGCCCUCGAUACACUCGGACAAAUGCCAUUCCUAUACAAACUCUACACACAAAUAUGCAACAUCUACCCGGUCACCGACCCGGCUUCCCACGAUGAUAUCGUCAGCACCUUGAGAACUGGCCUCGACAGAUUGGGUGAGAGCUUUCCAUGGCUUACCGGUCAGAUCAUCCAUGAAGGAGCAUUAGAAAGAAACACCAAUGUCUACAAGUUCGCGCAUUUGGACAGAAUUCCGCUAGUUGUCAAAGAUCUCCGACAUGAUGCUUCCGCGCCGACGAUGAGUGCUAUGCGACAGUCCGAUUUCCCCUUCAGCCUGUUAAAUGAGAAUGUCAUUGCGCCUUGUGCGACUCUCAAUCUUCCAGGAAAUACCAGUGGGUUGGCGGCUGAGUCUGCGCCUGUUUUUGCUGUUCAGAUCAAUUUCAUCGCUGGUGGCUGUAUAAUCACCGUUGUUGGGCAGCAUAAUGCCAUGGAUAUGACUGGGCAAGGGCAUAUCAUGUAUUUGCUGUCGAAGGCUUGUAACAACCAGCCGUUUACCGGCAGAGAGUUGGAGAUAGGGAAUAUGGAUCGGAGCAAAGCCGUUUCUUUGUUGGAUGGCUCGUACGAACCUGGACUCGAGCUUGCUUGUCAACUAGUGAGGCCUUCCCCGAACAUCGAUGGCGCACCACCAGCACCUCCACCACCGCCCAAAUGCACCUGGGCCUAUUUGAGCUUCUCUCCAAGCUCACACAAGGCCCUCAAGUCCUUGGCAAGGAGCAACAUUCCCCCUUCUUCCAGAUUUAUCUCGACGGAUGACACAAUCAGCGCGUUCAUCUGGCAAUGCAUAUCUCGGGCCCGGAUCCCCCGUCUAGAUCCCGGUGCACAGUCCACAUUUAGGCGCGCAGUCGAUGUUCGACAGCACCUGGGAAUCCCGCCGACAUACCCAGGACUGAUGCAAAACAUGACAUACAACACAGCCACACUGCAAUACCUAGUAGAGGAACCCCUGGGCAUUACCGCAUCAAAACUUCGUUCGCAACUCGACCCACAAGUGGUCGACUUGGCAUACAACACUCGUGCCCUUGUUACAUUCCUUGCUCGUUCGUCGGAUAAGACGAAAGCCAGUUUCACUGCGAACGCAGAUACAGCCACGGACUUUGCGCUCAGUUCGUGGGCUAAGGUUGACCUGUAUGAUUUAGAUUUCAAUCUAGGGUUGGGGAAGCCAGAGGCUGUAAGGAGACCGUGUUUCAUUCCGCUUGAUGGCCUGGGGUAUUUGAUGCCCAGGUCACCACGCGGCGAGAUGGUAGCUGGUAUUUGUCUCAGGGAUGAGGAUUGGGAGCGCUUGAGGGCGGACGAGCAAUUUAUGAAGUAUGCGACAUAUAUUGGGUGACUGGUCGUGCAUUUGGACGGUCUUUUGUACAGACGUGAUUAGUACUCCAAUAUACAUUGCCCAAUCAUGUUGAUGCCAUAGUGCCUUGAUCUGAUAAGAUAGCGGG